AAAGAUAACAAAACUGACAGCUCAGCAUUGAAACGUUUACAUUUUUCAGCGCUCCCUUCGGAACACUUUCCGAAAAUGUUUCCCAAAGGGUUGACGUGUAGCGGUUCCGCAGCUUCACUGCUGCUGGCAGGAUUACUGAUUGGCCUCGGCGCUAACCUGGACCGUGUGAGCGGCGACGUGGGACUCGUACACCGGCGCUUCGAGUACAAAUACUCGUUCAAGCCACCCUACCUGGCGCAGAAGGAUGGCACGGUACCGUUCUGGGAGUACGGUGGUCAUGCAAUUGCCAGCUCCGAAAACGUGCGCAUUGCACCGUCCUUGCGCAGCCAGAAGGGAGCCAUUUGGACGAAGCAAAAGACGAACUUUGACUGGUGGGAGGUGGAGAUCGUGUUCCGAGUAUCUGGCCGGGGACGCAUCGGUGCAGACGGUUUGGCCUUCUGGUACACGUCCGAGAAGGGCAGCUAUCUGGGCGAUGUGUUCGGUUCGUCUGACCGUUGGGUCGGUCUCGGCAUCUUCUUCGACUCGUUCGACAACGACAACAAACACAACAAUCCAUACAUUUCGGCCGUCCUGAACGAUGGAUCGCGACAGUUUGACCACCAAAACGAUGGUUCAACGCAGCUGCUGUCCGGGUGUUUGCGCGACUUCCGCAACAAACCAUUCCCGACCCGGGCCAAGAUUGAGUACUACAACAACAUCCUAACGGUGCUGUUCCACAACGGCAUGACGAACAACGAUCAGAACUACGAAAUGUGCUUCCGGGCGGAGAAUGUGGUGCUGCCGAAGACGGGCUACUUUGGCCUGUCGGCAGCGACCGGUGGGCUGGCCGACGAUCACGAUGUGUUCCACUUCCUGACCACCUCCCUGCACAUUCCUGGCCAGUUUAAGGAAGAGCCGGCACCGGGUGAGGAUGCGGCCAAGCUAACGCAAGAGUAUCAGGACUACCAGAAGAAGCUGGAACUACAGAAGGAAGAGUACCGGAAGGAGCAUCCGGACGAGCAGAAGGAUGAUCUGGACAGCCUGUUCGAGGACUUUAACGAGCGUGAGCUGCGCCAGAUUUGGGAAGCACAAACGAACACGUUUGAGCAGCUGCGUACGCUUAGCUCGAAGCUCGAUGAGGUGAUAGGCCGUCAGGAGCGUACGCUGGGCCUGCUGUCCGUAUCGGCACAGGCUGGAGGAGGAGCAGGUGGUGCACCACCACCACAGAUUGCUGUGGGAGGGGGAGCGGCUGCUGGCGGUAGCACGAUUAUGCGCCACGAGGUGGACGCACUGUUGCAGAACCAGAAUGUGAUGGUACAGACGGUGCGUGAAAUUCGUUCCAUUAUCGGGGAGGUGCACGCACGGACGGACAGCAUCCUGAGCAAUCAGGCCCGGGCACCGACGGCACAGGUGCAGACCGGCGGGUACGAUGUGCAAAGCUUGAUGAACGAAAUGCGCGACGGAAUGAACCAGGUCCGGCAAGGUGUGGCGGGUGUAGCUCAAAGGCUACAGACGCAUGGUGCGGGACCGCAGGCGCAGGUCGGUGGCGGACCGUGCCCAACGCAAAACUGUCUCAGCUUGACGGCAUUCCUGGUGGUGAUAGUGGUGCAGCUGCUGGUGAUGCUAGGUUACAGUAUGUAUAGAGACAGCCGGGAGGCUCAGGCGAAAAAGUUUUAUUAGAUAGCAAAAUAACUUAUAUUGAUCGUUGACCGUGGCGCAGGGUUGCCUCUUUUCUUUUGGAGCGACAAAGAUCAAUAAAAAGAAACAGUCAAAGCUGGCUGAACCAUGGCAGCCAACCAUCACCACGAUACCCGCCACCAGCACCGUACUACUCGCGUUCCGUGACCGAUCGUUCGGGAUUUGAUUUUUUCAGCAUGUGUUAUCGUCCAUCUUCCGGCACUUCCUACCGGUACACGGGAUGCAAAGAUUUGCGUUUAAGUAAUGACAAAAUGAUGUGUUUUUUUUGCCGCUUCUCACGAGAAUGUGCAUUUAACGAACAAGAGCGAUGAAGAUGAUUAACGUUUCGUCUGAUCGACAGCGUAGCUAAAAUUGGGGGACGGGACUAUGGCGCUCCAUUCUUCCACCGUUUUCCGUACACACAUUCGAUUGGAAGGGAAAAGUGCUCAAAAGUUAACACAAAGAUAUGAUGUUUGUACUUCUAACAUUCUACUUAAAUGGCAACAAUUGUGUGUGAGUGUGUAUGUGAGUGAGCGUGAGUUUUCGUUUUUUUUUUAAAUGGUACCCAUGGUAACCCAUGAUAACUAGCCCAUCAAAAGCAACAGCAGCGAAAAAAAAGAUGUAUAGAACGUUAAAUUACGGACAAAAAAAAACGAAACGAAACAAAACAUGCAACUAUAUCUAUUUGUGCGUGUACCGGUCGCCGUGUCUGGACGUCUGGCGUGUGCGUUUAAGUAUUUACCACCAUACCAUAUUCAUGGUUUCUUUGAGUUUUUCCCUUUUCUUUUGCCGAUGUUAUUCCUGUCGCUGUGUUAGAGUGUAGAAUCAAUCUUUUUUUUUCGUUGUCAUCCAUUUACAAGCGAACGGAGAAAAUAAUGGAAAAUAAACAGUCUGCUACGAUUUACAAGUACAA